CCUUUUGAGAAGAAAAAAAAGCCAAGCAAACAUCGAUCUAUAUCGAUCUAUACAAUAUAGAUCAGAGUCGAAGGCAUCAUGGAAGCCUCAUUAUCCCUCUCAAUCUCUAAUAAUCUUCAAAAUCAAAACAUGGAAACCAGUAGCAAUGAUGCUCCUUCUCCUCAUCAAGUAGAACACAACAACACAAGCACGACGAGUUCAUCAACAGAAGAAGAAGAACAAUUAGCAGGAAAAUCAAAGAAGAGGAAGAGAAGUAGUAGCAGUAAUAGUUGUAGUAGGGAGAGUGAGGAGCACGCGACAUACAGGGGUGUGAGGAUGAGAAACUGGGGGAAGUGGGUGUCAGAAAUAAGGCAACCGAAAAAGAAAAACAGAAUAUGGUUAGGCACGUAUCCAACUGCCGAAAUGGCGGCAAGAGCGCAUGACGUGGCAGCCUUGGCGAUCAAAGGUGAUUCCGCAUUCCUCAACUUCCCUCAACUUGCAUCUCUUCUUCCACGCCCUGCAACCACUUCGCCUAAAGACAUCCAGGUUGCUGCCGCCAUCGCCGCCAAUGACACGGCCUUUCAGUUUCAUCAACCACCACCUUCUUCUUCCUCCUCCUCUUCCUCUUCUUCUUCAUCACAAGAACGUGAUGAUGAUGGCGCAUUGUUUGACUUGCCAGAUCUUUUUCCUGCUGAUGAGGAUGGACUAUGCUCCUAUGCUUCAUCGUCUUCUUCGUCUUCAUGGCAGUUCCGCAUUGAGGAUCCGUUGUUAUUCUUCGCUUUCGACAACUACUAAUACCUACAUGCACCUUAGGUUUUUUACCUUGUUAUAUUUAAAUAAAUAAAUAAAUAAUAAAAUUAGAUUUUCUUUUUCUAU